GUUGGUGUCAAUUUUGACAAUUCUGAAAACGUCACUUUGACUACAAAUACAAAAACCCAGUCUAGGAAAAAAGAGAAUUCCAUUCUUUUUUCAAAGAUAAAUUGAAUUUAGAAAAACAUUUUGUUUAGUUAAAUAAGCACAAUGUCAAAGGCUUUAAAAGCGUCAACUGGUCUUACUGGAUUGGCUGUUUGCCAAAAUCCUCAUCAUGUACUUUCUGUGUUGUAUGGCAAAAUUCAAAGAGCCUUGACAAAAAUGCCAUCGGACGCUGCUUACCGCAAGUACACUGAAAAAAUUGUCACCGAACGUGCUAAUUUGGUUAAUUCUACAAAAGACAUCGCAGCUUUAGAAAAAGCUAUUGGCAGUGGACAAGUUGAAGAAUUGAUUGUUCAAGCUGAAAAUGAAUUGAUUCUUGCUCGUAAAAUGCUCGGUUGGAAGCCAUGGGAAUCACUCAUGAAGCCAGCACCCGAGAAACAAUGGGAUUGGCCACCAGCUCAAAUUAAGGAGCCUCAAUUGUAAAUAGUUUAAUAUAAAAAUAAAAUUUGUUUCUCUCCUCUCCAUCAUUCUUUGAAAUAGAAUAAAAAGCUCUCAAAUAGCGCAA